AAGCUUUACAAAAUUCACAAAUAUGGAAUUCUAAUGAUAUAAUAUCUGAAAAUGAAUCUAAUGAAAAUUUACAAGACAGUAAUAUAUCAGAAAAAAUGUCAACAAUAGUCAAGUUAGCUGAUACUAUAGAUGGAUAUUUGGAUAAUCCAAAAACAAAUAGAGAGAUUUUAUCUAAUCAAAUAAAAAGAGUUAUAAGACAAAUACGUCGUAAAAACAAUAAUUUACAAAAUGUUAAA